UACUUUCAGUACGAAUGCCAUCUUAUUUUGAUGAUAAUUACAAUAAUAUUCGGGUACUUUAUAUUUGAUAUCGUCUCGUAGGAAAUUAUCUUCUUCGUUCGACUCGGGAGGCACCGGCGUAUUUGUUUUAUCAACUUUUAAAUUUUCCAAUUUAUCGUUUAGUUCGGUAAUCAAAGUGGUAGUUUGUGCGAGUUUAUCGUUACUGCGAUCGUUAGGUUUGGAUUUCCUUUUAAUCGGUAUUUCAACUUUUAGAAUAUGCGUAUCCGAACAAAACUUGGCAGAACUACGAUCUUCGUCCACUUCGUAAGCCAAAGUAUCUUAUUUCAACUUGCCUUGAUCAGUUCCAAGCAGAGAUUUUGUUCGGUUAUGGCUGCUUCGACGAAUUCGUCUACUUAUACCAAUCAAUUGAUCCACGAACGAUCGCCGUACUUGCUUCAACAUGCUAGGAAUCCAGUUAACUGGUAUCCAUGGGGUAACGAAGCCAUCGAGAAAGCGAAAAAUGAAAACAAGAUCAUAUUCCUUUCAGUGGGAUAUUCCACCUGUCACUGGUGUCAUGUUAUGGAGAAAGAAUCAUUUGAAAACGAAUCAGUGGCUAAAAUAAUGAACGAGCAUUUCGUUAAUAUCAAAGUUGAUCGUGAAGAAAGACCGGAUAUCGAUAAACUAUACAUGACGUUUAUUCAGUUGACAUCUGAUAGCGGUGGAUGGCCCAUGAGUGUAUUUCUGACCCCAAAUCUACAUCCGAUUGCCGGAGGAACGUAUUUCCCUCCUGAGGAUAAGUACGGUAGACGUGGAUUCAAGUCUAUUCUACAAGAUGUCGCUAAACAAUGGAGAGAUGAUCCUGAAAAACUGAGCGCUACCGGACAAAAAGUAAUCUCGAUGUUGGAAAAAGCUAACACCUUCGAAGUAGGAAUCGUCGCUGAAUUGACCAAAGGUGCAGUUCCGGAGGAAAGUUGUAUUAAACUGUGCUAUAAACAGCUCUCUGAUCGAUUCGAUCGUACAUUCGGAGGUUUUGAUUUCGCGCCUAAAUUUCCUCAGCCUUGUAAUCUCUCGUUCUUGUUUUAUUUUUACGCCCAAAAUCCCAGCGGUAAUGAAAACAAGCUGGCUUUAUCUAUGGCUCUGAAAACACUCGAGAUGAUGGCUAAAGGAGGUAUUCACGAUCACAUCGGACAAGGGUUCGCUCGAUACUCGACUGAUGAAAAAUGGCACGUUCCACAUUUCGAAAAAAUGCUCUACGAUCAAGGUCAAUUAGCUGUGGCAUAUUCGAUAGCUUAUAUGAUUACCGAAAGACCGCUGUUUAGGGAUGUUUUAAUUGAUAUUUUGGCUUACGUUGAUCGUGAUUUGAGUUUCAAGGAAGGUGGUUUCUACAGCGCAGAAGAUGCCGACUCGUUGCCUUCCGAAGGAGCUAAAUAUAAAAAAGAAGGUGCUUUUUACGUUUGGACUUACGAAGAAAUAGAAAGUUUAUUGUCGCAGCCUUUGAAAGAUAAUGAUACUGUUUUACUCAGCGAUGUAUUCAUAGAUUACUAUAACGUCAAGAAAACCGGAAACGUCGAUCCUCAAGGAGACCCACACGGUGAAUUAUUAGAUCAAAAUGUUCUGAUAGUUUUCGGUAGCGAGAAAAAUACCGCUGAAAAAUUCAACCUGAGCGAAGAUCAGCUUAAAAGUGAAUUGGAAACAGCCAGAAAAAUAUUAUUCGUUGAACGAAAUAAACGACCUAGACCUCACCUAGAUUCUAAAAUUAUCACUUCGUGGAAUGGUCUCAUGUUAUCCGGAUAUGCGAUAGCCGCUCAAGCAUUACGAAAUGAUGAUUACAAAGACAGGGCUAUCAAAUCGGCUGAGUUCAUCAAGAAGUAUUUAUGGAACGAAACUAGCCAAGAACUUUUACAUUGUUGUUAUGUCGACGAUAAGAAAGAAAACGUGGUGCAAAUCCGGAAUCCAAUCCAUGGAUUUUUGAACGAUUACGCUUUCUUGAUACGUGGCCUUUUGGAUCUCUACGAUUGUACUUACGAUCCUCAAUGGAUCGAAUGGGGUAAUGCUUUGCAAGAGAAACAGAACCAGAUGUUUUGGGAUGCCAAACAUAAAGCUUAUAAUCUGAAUUUGCCUAACGACGAAACGGUUUUAUUAUCUUUGAAAGAUGAUCAUGACGGUGCUGAGCCAUCCGGAAAUUCAGUAACGUUACAGAAUCUCUUACGAUUGUCAACUUUAUUAGAUCGAAGUGAUUACUCAGAAAUAGCCGAACAGACGCUUUCAUCUUUCACUAGCAGAUUGACUCGUUUCCCUCUAUCACUUCCUGAAAUGGUUUACGGACUCAUGUUUCAUUACGAUUCUGCUACACAGAUUUUCGUCAUCGGUUCUAAAAAUGACGCCGUCACAAAAGACAUGUUAUCGGAAAUUCACAAACUCUACAUCCCUAAUCGUGUAUUAGCUGUGAUCGACGAUGAUAAAACCUCGGUGCUUUAUCGAAAAUCAGAAACCAUUCAAAGUAUCGUAGAUUCCAAACCUAGCAAAGUCAACGUACACGUUUGUAAAAAACGUGUCUGUUCCUUACCUGUUUACACAGUUGAAAGUUUAAAAACAAUGUUAACUAGUUAACUCUUGAACUGUGAUCGUUACUCUUUUUUUUUUUUAAUAAAUGAAAUUGUAUAAAAAUGUAAAAUUAAUAACAAAAUUUAUUCGUGUGUGAAA